AUGGCGCUGCCCCCCUCGCCCCCACGCCGCCCCCGCCGCCUCCUGCUGCUGCUGCUGCUGCUGCUGCUCUGUGGGGCCUCGGCCCUCUCGCUGGGGGUCCUCUUCCUGGCCGGCGGGGCGCACGAGGCGCUGCUGUCGCGCUCGCUGCCCUACCUGCUCCCCCCCAGCAGGGGGCGCCCCUUCUCCCCCUCCAGCUGCGCCCCCCUCCUGCCCUCCGCCGAGGCCUUCCUGCUGGCGCCCGCGGGCGACCCCUGCGCCCUCCGCACGCCCUUCCUGCUGGUCCUGGUGGCCAGUGCGCCAGACCACGCCGCCCGGCGCCAGGCCGUGCGGGACACCUGGGGCGGGGUGCUGUGGGCCGGCGGGCGCCCCACAAGGACCCUCUUCGCCCUGGGGGUGCCCUCGGAGCCCUCCCAGCAGGCCGCCCUGGAGCGGGAGGCGGCGCGGCACGGAGACCUCCUCCAGGGGCGCUUCCUGGACACCUACGCCAACCUGACCCUCAAGACCCUGGCACUCCUCGGAUGGGCAGCCACCUGCUGCCCCGGCGCCUCCUUCGUGGUCAAGGCCGACGACGACGUCUUCCUCAACCUGCCCGCCCUGGCGCGCCACCUGGGCGCCCUGCCCAGCCCCCCGCCGCCCUACCUGGGCCGCAUCCACUGGUGGGUGCGCCCCAACCGCGACCCUCGGAGUCGCCACCACCUCCCAGUCCCACUCUACCCGGGUGACGCCUUCCCCCCCUACUGCAGUGGCACCGCCUACGUCCUCUCCGGGGAAGCCGUGCCAGCCCUGCUGGGGGCGGCACGCCACGUCCCCCUGGUGCCCCUGGAGGACGUCUUUGUGGGGCUGUGCGCCCGCCAGGCCGGCCUGGCCCCCCUGCACCUGCCCCACAUGGCUGGCUCGGAGCACUUCCCGCCGGACGCCUGCUGCUACAGGGAGGUAUUGUUCAGCGUCCAUGGCGUGGUGCCGGCCGAGAUGGUGGCUGUUUGGGAGGAGGUGGGCACCCACGAGGGGGCGUGCAGCGCCUGGCAGAGGGCCCUGGGGCUUGUCCGCUGCAAGGCCCUGGCGUGGCUGGCGGCGUGA